AUGACUCUGCGGCAGCGGGCACCUGAGCGAGGGGAAAAAAAAACCGUUCAAUCACGAAAAUUACUGUCAUAGUCAGACGGUGACACAUACAUACUGGUACCAUAGACUCUCUUCCGCCCUCUCUCCUAUUCUUCGCUCUCUCGCCCACAUUCCCUCACCCUUCCCCAAACUCAAUUCACCGCAAUGGCUCUCCGACACUCACCCCACAAAUUAUUGCGCACUUCGCUCAUCCGAGCGCCGAUUAUCCGCGGUUUCGCUUCGGUUUCCAAUCUUCCGAAACCUGUCAAGGAUGAGAUAGCGGUAUGUUGCUGCCACUUAUCGAGAGGGAUGCCGAGAGGACUAAUGAUUCCACCAGCACGAGCAGUUAUUGCCCAACUACGACCCGCCAGCCGACUCUGCUACUGGAUCCCUGUUGGCUAAGCAAGAGCCCUAUAUGGUCAAGACCUAUGUCCGUCCAUCACAGAUGUUUAUCCGUGGGGUCGGGAGCGUGCUGUAUGAUGUGGAGAACAGGAAGUACAUUGAUUUCACGGCUGGGAUUGCCGUGAAUUCAUUGGGUCAUGGAGACGAGCACCUCUGCAACCUGAUUUUUGACCAGGUUUGUUGAGUCCAGUUCCUGUCGGUAUUCUGUGCCUUGCUGCCCUCGUUGCGGGGGAGUUAAUUUGUGGGCGGGUGACCCUAGGCGAAACAAGUUAUUCAUACCUCGAACUUGUAUCAUAACCCUUGGACCGGAGAGCUAGCAGCGUUGCUUGUCAACAAAACUAAAGAGCACGGCGCAUUCCACGAUGCUUCACAGGUGUUUAUUUGCAACUCUGGCUCGGAGGCGAAUGAGGCAGCGCUCAAGUUUGCAAGAAAGGUUGGGAAAGCGAUUGGCGGGGAAAAGAAGAUCGGUGUAGUCUCAUUCACCAACUCGUUCCAUGGUAGAACUAUGGGCGCACUUUCCGCUACACCUAAUCCGAAGUACCAGAAGCCCUUUGCCCCAAUGGUUCCGGGGUAUACACACGGAGUUUACAAUGACAUUACCGGGAUUAAUGACUUGGUUACCGAGGAGACUUGUGGAGUCAUUGUCGAGCCGAUCCAGGGAGAGGGCGGCGUCAACGUUGGGUCUCCAGACUUUCUGAUUGCAUUGAGCAAGAGGUGCAGGGAGGUUGGAGCUGUGUUGAUCUAUGACGAGAUCCAGGUAUUAUCACUUGGUAGCUGCAAAUGCAUAGUAACUAAUACAAUAGCAGUGCGGUUUGAGUAGAACUGGAGACCUUUGGGCUCACCAGUUCCUCCCCAAGGAGGCUCAUCCCGAUAUCCUGACCAUGGCUAAGGCUCUUGGUAACGGAUUCCCCAUUGGCGCAACAAUGGUCAACAGCUUUGUUGGGGAAAAGAUCGUGACGGGUGACCACGGAACCACCUUUGGCGGGAACCCAUUAGCUUCCCGGGUCGGACAUCACGUCUUCAGCAGGUUGUCGGAGCAAUCUCUCCUUAAAGGUGUUAAAGCCAAGUCCGAGACGUUUGUAAAGCGGUUGACUGCGAUUAAAGAUAGAUAUCCGGAGGUAGCAACCGAGGUCCGGGGCAGGGGAUUAAUCCUUGGACUUCAGUUGACUAGAGAUCCCGCAAGCUUGGUCAAGGAGGCUAGGGAACGGGGAUUAUUGAUUAUUACAGCUGGAACGAAUACCGUCCGAUUUGUCCCCCCAUUGGUCAUUGAGGAAGAGACUAUAAGCGAAGGGCUGGAUAUUUUCGAAAAGGCGAUGAAGGUUUUUGCAGAGAGUGGGAAUAUAUAA